AGGUCUAAUCGCUCAAGACCUUGUGAUACAUGUCCUAUUCGAAAGACGCGCUGCGUGCGACAAGAAGGUCAGCCGCGAUGUGUGCUGUGUACCUUUCACGACCAGUCAUGCACAUUUGUGCACGCGCCGCCGUCACGUACUCGCCGUGAGUCUGUGGCAGCCCAACACGAACCGCAGGAGCAGGACGUCGAUCUUGAUCACCCUAGUUACUUGGCUGUAUCGCCACUUAGCUCAGAAGGCUCACCAUCGCACUCCCGGAGGGGUGCUGGGCGGACGGCAGAUAUUGCGGCAUUGUCGGGAUCGGACCCCUACACAAAAACGAUUGCUCAACCGGACCCGGAGGUAUUGAGCAACACUCUAGGGCUGGAUCUCACGACUCAUGCAGAGUAUAUCGGGUUGACAGACCUCCGACUCUCAGGUGCUGGUACAUCUAAAUCCGAAUCAUCCAACAAACGCCGCCUCGACGACAAAACUGUGUUCCUUGUUCACGCAGAUGAGUUAUCUGCCUCAGAAGCACAGCGCAUCGCAGAUGUCGACGCCGUCGAAGCUAUUGCUCGACCAUGGGGCUCAACCCUCGUCGAUUUGUACUUUCGAAUCGUACAUCCCAGUUUUCCCAUCUUGCACAAAGAUGUAUUCAUCACCAAGUACCGCGCUUCACACCAUCACUUUGCCCCUUCCCUAUUAGCAGCUGUCUACCUAAUAGCGCUGGAUUGGCAAUUGUACGAUACUUGCCUUGCCAGCGAGGAGAAUUUACUGCCAGACGCCAAGGCACUCGAGGAACUGGCCAUGAGGACUAUUGCAAAUGAUAUGCGUCGACCUAAGCUGAGUACUCUCGAGGCUGGGCUUCUACUCCUGCACCGCAGCCGCCGCGCUGCACAGAGUGGUCUCGCGAAUAACUUCGCGUCCAAUCGCAUGCUGAUUGCCCAAUUAGUCACUGUAGCGCAAGACCUUGGCAUUCACCUUGACUGUAGCUCUUGGUCGAUUCCUAGGUGGGAAAUAGGACUACGUCGACGAUUGGCCUGGGCACUUUAUACGCAGGAUCGUUGGGGUUCGUACAUCAACGGACGACCGUUUCUCAUCCACCAACCCGACUGGGCCGUUGUGUCAUGUACACAAGCCGACUACCCGGAUCUACAUCCUCGAGCCAAUGGGCAACAUCAGACAGCCAUUUCUGUCGGCUGGGAGGUGUUUCUUCGUCAAGUAGAACUAGCCCAAAUGCUUAGCGAGAUUUUAACAACUUUUUACAGCGCUACCGCUUGUCGACGUGGCGGUACUCUUGACCAAAUGAGCAUCGUAGAAAGGGUAGGACUGGCCAAGCCAAUGGGCCUUAGAAUUCGCGAGUGGUACACUGCGCUGCCGCAAUAUCUUCUGCUUGAUAACACCAAUACUAUGCGCGAACUCUGUACCGUUGGUGCUCUCCAUCUGGCUUACGUCGCGGUCGAAAUUGCACUUUACCGCGCGCUGGUCCGCGCUAUGACGCCCGAUACACCGCAAUCGCUACGCGAUGUGCUCGUUCAAACUGGCAAGGCUAAGGUGCAAGCGGGCGUUGAUUUUUUGUGCGCCUUACGACCAGAGCACACGGCUUCUUUCUGGGGAAGCGCAGCCGCAUACCAGGUAGCAGAAAUUGGAGCGCUUAUCAAUCUUCUUGGCUCAAGACCUGACGUGGACAAAGAGGACAAGACGUGGUGUACUGCACGGAUGGAGGAUUUGCAAUGGGAGCUACGGUUAAGAGGCAGCGCAGCGUCAUUU